AUCAGAGAUCAAGAUCAUUAAUAGGAAAAAUCGAUCACAGAUCUAUAUAAAAUGAUUUCGCACAGUCCGCCCAUAUUUAGUCACAGCCCACCCGUUAGUUUUCUGGCGGACUUCAUGAGCGGACAUCAGCGGCAGGCAUUGAACUACAAUGACGAACCCAAUAGAGCAUCGCGCUACUGCCGUCCACAAGUGAUAAGUCUGGCCUCCAAAGCCAUGGUCAACAAUGCCUCUGCGGCCAUUCAGUGCCAGCCGGGUCACCAGAAGGCAGGGGCCACGCCCCUGGGAGUGGGCAGUCGAUCAGGUCGCAGUUAUCUGGAGCGCAUGGCCUCGGCUCCACAUCUCUUCAACCAACCCAAGUCAUGUCUCAGUCGCAAGUCCUGCCAGCACACAACCCCACAAAGUCCCAGCCCCAUAGAUGAACCGACUCCAGAAAACAGCUAUGUCGCGGACAACUGCUGUUGCACCCAGAAUAGGGAAGCCAACGGAGUGGCCCACUACGAACAGAGUCGAGGCCCCAAAAAGCAUGUGAUCUUUGCCGAUGAUGAGGGUCUAUCGCUAACCGAGGUUCGCGUGAUGUCCGAACCCUCGAAUGUGCCGCCCUAUUGGAGCAUGAAGUUCUUGGAGCAGAUAACACAGGGUCUGGUCAGUCCACAUCCGCCAGAUCAAUGGACGGUGGACUUCAAACAGCCAGCUUCAGAUUAUUUAUCUUUCAGACAAAAAAUAGAGCGGGACUAUGUGUCCCUAGAGAAUGUGAUUGUCAAGGAUGAGGAGUCCAUAGUGGUGGGCACCAUCAAAGUGAAGAACGUUGACUUCCGAAAGGAAAUCAUAGUGCGUGUCACGUGGGACGAUUGGAAGAGUCAGCAGGAUAUAUUUUGUACUUUUGCCAGGGCCUAUGGACCGACCACCUGUGCCCACGUGAUUUUCGAUACAUUCUCGUUCAAGAUCACGCUGCCGCCAUCCUCGAAGCGCUUGGAGUUCUGCAUCUGCUAUCGCACCAACGAUACAGAGUAUUGGGACAAUAAUGAUGGUACAAACUACACCAUCAGCAAGCGUUCGCCCUUUUACUACAAUGCCCUCUCUCCUUAUGAUAAGGGUCAGAGUCGCAACUCCAGUCAGCAAAUACGGUCCACCCUGACUGAUGCCCUGGCCAAGGUGCAGGACCAAAAUGGUUGGCAUCAAGACUCGCAUACACCAUAUUGGUGAAGUCUUGGGAGAGAAAAUGAAUUUUCUUUCUCCGAAAGGAACACUUCUCAUUUGGGCCACAUCACCAGAAAGUAACAGAAUUAGGAAAGAAAAGAAAGAAUUAGGGACAAAGAGAGAGAGUCUAAGAGAUUUUAACGCUAACGAAACUGUUGACUUAAUGAUUAAAGUGCCAUUGACCAGAAGAUCAGAGACGAGGGCCCAUAACUACUUUAUUUAGGCAAACCCCCGAAUUUGUAUGUUUAUCCAAUGAAAUUUCAAGAUCAUAUCUUUUACGUGAAUUUUUUUAAAAUUGUUUGUAUUUUCAUCGGAAGAAUUGUCUAAAAAACUAGAACUUUAUGUAAUGUAUACCUAUAUGCCUGUGUGAUUGUCUACAUCGAUAUAACUGAUAUUAGAUUUACAAAAACCAAACGAAAAAUAAUAAAAUAAUAAUGAGAGGAAGAUAUACUCAAGGAGUGACGUAUCCUAGCGAACCAAUGUUUCGAAAUUUUCUGCAAUUGCAAAAUAAAGAAAGAAAAAAUAGCAAACA